AUGAGGAGCAUACCCCUUCUUUUGGCCCUCACGGCCUUCCCCGCCCUCAUCCUCCUCCACCUCCUCGCCGCCCCCUACACGAAAGUCGAGGAAUCGUUCCACGUCCAAGCGACGCACGAUAUACUAUCCUACGGGAUCUCGGGGGGAAACACGCAAGCCUAUCUUCGCGAACAUUAUGAUCAUUUUAUAUUCCCGGGCGCCGUGCCCCGGACGUUCGUGGGGGCUGUAUUCCUUGCUCUCCUUGCGAAGCCCGUGAUUUUCCUGACGGAGUUGGACCAACAAGUACUCGGUACGCCCUUGACCCAAAAAGACAAUCCUUAUGAUCGCUUAUGUUCUGAUCUCUCUCUCUCAGUUCGUGGUAUUUUAGGAAUGUUCAAUGCUGUCGCGUUGAUGGUGUAUGCGUCUGGCGUGCAAAGAGCGUACGGAUAUACCUCUGCGCUCUGGUACGUGGCUUUCCAGGCCAGUCAGUUCCAUGUCCUCUUCUAUGCGUCGAGGCCGUUGUCCAACAUGUUUGCAUUUGGAUUGACUACGCUUGCCCUGCGGUACCUUUUACCCGAACAGAUACCCGCGGAAACCUACAAAACCCGCUGCCGGGCCUCACUUUUCCUCCUCACUGUCGCUGGGAUCAUCUUCCGCUCGGAGCUGGCUCUCCUCCUCGGUGCAGAGACGGUCGUGCUCUUCGCCACGGGCCGGAUCAGUAUCGCCCGCGAGAUCAUCCCCGCCGGGGCGCUAGGCCUGCUGGUGGGCUUGUCGACGACGGUGCUCGUGGACUCGUUCUUCUGGCAGCAGUAUCCGUUAUGGCCUGAGCUGGCAGCGUUCAAGUUCAAUGUGCUUGCCGGCCAGGCGUCCGCGUGGGGCACGCACCCCUGGCACUUUUACUUCUCCAACGCCCUUCCGCGGCUCCUCUCCAACCCUGCGGCCAUCUUUCUUGCCCUGCCCUGGGCCCUACUGCACCCUGCCAUGCGGACAUCCUCCCUGUUCACCGUAUUGCCCUGUCUGGCCUUUGUCGCGCUGUACAGUCUCCAGCCGCACAAGGAGUGGCGGUUCAUCGUCUACGUCGUCCCGCCGCUGACCUCCACCGCCGCCCGCGCCGCCGCCUACCUCUGGACCCGGCGCGGCAAGUCCAUGCUCUACGCUCUUGUUUCCGCCGGGCUCGUCCUCUCCACGCUCGGUUCUCUCGCCCUCUCAACCCUUAUCCUCUUGCCUUCCUCUGCGGCCAACUACCCGGGCGGACUCGCUCUACGCACUCUCCACGAAUACGCCAACGCGAGCAAAGGCUUGGGAAACUCUCCUGCAUCGGUAUAUCUAGGUAAUCUUGCGUGUCAGACGGGCGUCACACGCUUCAACCAACUACCUACCUGGCGGUACGAUAAGACGGAAGACGACACCCAGAAAGCGGAGGCCACCUUCUGGUCGCAAUUCGACUACGCGCUGAUCGAGCCGGGCGAGGAAUCCCUCCUGCUCUCCGAUACAUCUAGUUGGCAUCAAAUCCGAACAAUCGACGGGUUCGCGGGACUCAAGAUCGUGAGGCCGGGAGAACCCGUUGCAGGAACGAUAGAGAGCGGCGUCAUCCGACGGUUGCUCGGAGAGGAUGCCCUCAAAGCCUGGGAAUCGGCUAGUGAUGUCUUGCGGAGGGUGUUGAGGGGGUACUGGGUUGAACUACGGAUGGAGCCGAGGAUCAAAAUCAUGCAGAGAUAG